AUGCCAGGCCAGGUAGGCAAUGAUCGCGCCGGUGCCUGCCAGGAACGGAAGACAAUGCAGAAUGUGCCGUGCCGUGCCGUGGAUGUGCACACGGACACAUCGCCACACACCGACACGAACACAAAGCGAGACACGAGUCGAAAAGAAUGCGAGAUCCUCUGGCGACGACGGCUGCUGAGUCGAAACGGACAACGCAUUACUACAAUCCAGCUUGAUGGGGUCCAGUACUUUGUCAGUCGGAUGAAUCCCUACUCACCGGAGCUGAACUAUUUCCUCGCCUACCAGUACUGCCGCUCGCUGGGGCUCCAAUUGGCAUCAUUUGAAACGAAGGAAAAGGUAGAAUCGAUGACUCAAUACCUCGCCAAUGCCGGUUACAGCAAGUACAACUUCUGGACGUCGGGCAACCGGCUCGGCACGGGAAUGUUCCUCUGGAUGAGCACUGGCUUGCCGUUCAAUGCGACCUUCGACUAUUUCGAAUCCACAACCACGGAUGCAUCAGCCGCCGGUUUGGACCCACUAGAUCACAAUAGCAACACCUCGCCUCAGCGCACCGCCCGUGACAGCAGCAGCGGUCUCGAGCGAGCUUGCGUUCACCUGAAAGCCCCCUCGCUACGGUGGGAACCCGAGGACUGUCUGGCGGUGAAAGAUUUCAUCUGCGAGCAGACCAGAUGCUACUACUACAACUACGGUAGUAUCCCGGUUUCAUCGGCGCAGGGCCGUCCAAUUGCAAGUACUUCGACCACUUCGGCUGCAUUCUCCCAGAGUCAUUCGACAGUCCGAAUUCAAACUACUCCAGCUCCGGUAAUUCACUCGUCAACCACUCCGGCAACCCUGCCGGUGGAGCAAACAUCACCUCUGGCAGCCUUGCUAAGCGGAAAUCCCCUGCCUGCCGAUUCAGAAUCCGAUGGCAGCCUCGAAUCGCGUAGCGACGAAGAAGCCAUUCUCGACGAAGAGGAAGAGCAUGAUGACGAAGAACACGAGCUGGAGGAUGAGGAUGAUUCCGAGGGACGUUCCCAGCAGGACGACACCGACUCGGCCGGCAUCGAAGAGCAUCACCAACAAGAACAGCAUCAAUCGGAGGAGCAAACCAUGAAACAGCACGACAUCCCUGUGGAACAGAAACUCAAACAGAUCACACGGGAAAUCGAAGAAAUGUCGCACGCAUCCGAUCGAGACGUCGACAACGGACGCCAGAGUUUCCUUUCGUUAUCCGAUCUGAUCAAAAACAUCCGCCCCGCCGAGAAGGUUAUUCCUCAGAUCGAUUCUUCCUAUUCGAACACGAUGCACGUCCUCGGCGAAACCAUUACUCACGGUGAAAGUCGAUCAGCUAAGAUUUAA